AUGGUCACCGAAUCACCCGCGUUCAAGAAGGCGGCCGAGGACGUCCAGAAGCUGAACAGCAAGCCUGGCACCGAUGAGAUGCUGAAGGUAGGAAACCUACAACUUGAGUAGCAUUUCAUGGAGGUUGCCAACAUGAUUCACAGCUCUAUGGUCUCUACAAGGUCGGCAAGGGGGAGGAUAUCAGCACUGUGCCUAAGCCGAGCACAUUUGAUUUCGCGGUAAGCAAGAAUGCUCACAGUCAAGCGUCAUACAGCUGACGGGUCAUGGUUGUGUAGGGCAAGAAGAAGCGCGAGGAAUGGCAGAAGACGGUCGAUCAAGGCAUCUCGGCUGAAGAGGCGCAGAAGCAGUACGUCGCAUAUGUUGGGGAGUUGAAGAAGAAGCAUGGAUUCAGCGGUUGA